AUGGCUGAAAUUGCUGAUUUGCAGAGCAUAAUUGUAGGUGUUGGUGGUGUUAUAACUGUUAUGACACCUAUUAUAGUUGCGAUAGUAGAAAUUAGAAAAAAGAACGAGAAAAAGAGUUCUUAUGAGCCAGAGACGUAUGGAAGGGUUAUGAUUUCUACAGAUUGUGAAAGCGGGAGAUCUAUAAAUUAUGGAAGUGUUGGAAUAAAAGGAGGGAAGAGUUCUAAUGAUUAUAGUGAUGGGAUUGUGAGUUUUACAGAUUAUGACAGCGUAAAUUACAGAAGUGUUGAACAUGAAGGAAAUGAGACGGAUUGUUCUGAAUCUUUCAAAAAGAUUCUCAUAAUGGUUCUCAACCUCUAUUUCCAAUUAAUUUUCGCUAUCAUUCUUCCGCCUUUAAGU